AUGCAUAGUAAUGCCAAAAGAAAAUUUAAAGGUGGAGCUAAAAAAUUAAGAAAAAAAAAUGCUGCUGGUCUCAAAGCAGCUGGUGCUGAUCCAAAACAACUUAAAUUAUCUUUUUUUGAUAAAUCAAUACCAAAGAUAUCAACAACUGCCUCCCAUUUACCACUACCUGAAACAACUACCUUAUCUGCAACAUCUUCAUGUAUUAUGGCAUCAGUUCAAUCAUUGCCACUAUCCUCACACUUGUCAGAAGCAACUACAUCAAUAAUGCCUUCAGAUAUUUCUCAAAGUGGAUUAUCAGAAUUGGAUAUGCAUACACAUGAAAAUUUUAAUUUGCAAUUAACAGCCACUAUACCUCAAAAACUUAGAUUUUUAAUGCAACAUCCUAUAGAACCAAUAAACAUUAAAUAUGAUAAAUUAUAUUAUCGAAUGGUAAUGAGUGAAAAAAUACCUAGAAAAUGGGUUACCAUAAAAAUUAUAUGCAAUAAAGCCCAAGCUGUGUACUGCUCAAUCUGCCUGGCAUUUUCAGUAUGUGAAAACACUUUCACAACAGGCUCUACAAAUUUUCGUCACAUGCACUCAGUUAUUAAAAUACAUGAAAAUUCAAAAGUGCAUAUUAGUGCUGUCGAGGCCUACCUCAGAGCUUCAAAAAACCAGUCAUUUAAUAAUUCAAUUAGCGUUAAAAUAUUAAAUGAAAAAAAUCGACAAAUUCAUAACAAAAUCCACAUAAUAAAACAAAUAUUUGAGAUAAUAAAGUUUUUAGGUAAACAAAACUUACCAUACAGAGGAUCAAAUGCUACCGAAACACUUAGCCUCUUUGAUAAUGAAAAUUUAAAUCAUGGCAAUUUCCUGGAAAUGAUCCGUAUUAUAUCAAAGAAUGAUCAAAUACCUAGAGAUCAUUUAGAGAAGGCUAUUUUAAAAAGCAAACGUAGAAAAGAUACGCUUAAACUGUCUAACAAAUCAAAAUCGAAGGGAAGAGGUUCUCUCAUAACCUUGUUGUCAAAAACAACUGUCAACAAAAUUAUUGAUGCUGUUCUUGAUCAAAUCAGGAAUUUAAUAAAAAAGGAGAUUGGUAACAAACGGUUUAGUUUGCAAAUGGAUAGUACUCAAGACAUUUGCGUUUAUGAUCAAGCAACCAUUUGCCUACGAUACAUAUAUAAUGGUAAAAUAACAGAAAGGCUUUUUGCACUUACAAAAGUUACGAACUCUUCUGGAAAAGGAUUUUUUGAUAUCUUGAGUGAAUGCUUUUUAAAACAUGGAAUUCAAAUGAGAAAUAUAAUUGGAGAAUCAUUUGAUGGUGCUGCAAAUAUGCGGGGGGAAUUUGUUGGGUUGCAAGCUCUUAUUAGACAAGAGGCUCCAGGUAGCUUGUAUAUUUGGUGUUAUAGUCACAUAUUAAAUCUCUGUAUAUGUGAUUCAUGCGAUAAUAAUGAAGGCAAAAUUUUAUUUGGAUUAUUGAACAGACUAGCAACUUUCUUUGGUGAAUCAUAUAAAAGGAUGGACGCUUGGGUGAAACAGAAUAACUCAACUGGCCAAAAUAAACUGAGAAGGCUGCAAAAAAUAGGUGAGACAAGGUGGUGGGCACGUGAAAAAGCCCUUAAAUGGAUAUAUGGCAAAGAGAGCUUACUUCCAAUAACUAUAAGUGCACUUCGAUUUAUAAUAGAUAAUAAAUCAUUUGAGGCAAAAACCUCAUCAGAAGCGCAGUCGUUGAUAGAAAUUUAUGUAAAUUUAAGACUCUUAGUACAGCUGUAA